CAAGUUAUCUCUAUUCUUAAGGACAAUUAGACCAUUCCUCCAGUUUCAUUUCAAAACAAUUUCCUUCAUUAUAGCACGUUCGAUCGUUCCAAAAUGGCCAGGCAUUUGGACAAGUGCUGCUCCUCAUUCAACUCUCCACCUGCCAGUGCAGGAGAAAGGCUGAUUGAAAAUCCAGUAUCAUUCUUCAAACCGUUGUGCAGCAGUCAGAAUCCCAACUUCAGCAUUCCGAAACUCUGCCAUAUACGUGAGAAGAAUGGAUGCUUCUUCCUUUCCUUUCAGUUUCUCACCCUCUCUUUCUGUCACUAUAUCUUUACCGCGAUGUUCGAUAUCUAUUCGAGAGCCGUGGUAGUUUCUGGGGGAUGCAGUACGACACAUACGGAAUCAGAAUCCAUGGAUCUUUUCCUGUAUACAUGCGUGGAUACUCGGUCUGGCGUAUGCCAAAAAUUCACGAGCUCUACUAUUGGAAUUUCUUUCCAUCUAUAUCUAGUCUUUGUAUCGAGGGUAUACCUUUAAGCCAAACCAAAGUACUCGAU